GUAGCGUGGGGGUUGCAAUUCCAGAGGCUGAUAAUCUGCCGACAUAUUGUAGCCUUGCAUCGCACAAAUAGCCCGGUUGUCUCAAAUAUCGUUUCUUUCAAGAUUUCUAUCGAUCGUGCUGGAAAGCAUGGUAGUUUGCCAUGUUGUCUGAACGCAACCAGCUGCAACAAGAUUAACCAUGUCCUCAAAGCUCUUGAAGGCGCUCUUGGCAAUAUUCACCUCCAAGCCAGGCCUACUGAGGCGUAG